CCUACCUAUAAAACGGGCUUCGUUAUGAUGAUCACUUCAUCCCACUCACGCUUGAUCGAUCGAUCUUCAGUUCAUUAGCUCAGAUAGCUCAAAAGCACCAAGAUUCUUGGUCAAGGGCUAUGGCUGCCAGUUUUGAGCUAGCGAUCACGGUCACAUGCGUGCUGCUUCUAGCCGGGGCGUGCCGCGGCGCCCCCGACACUGAGCUCCAGGUCGGGUACUACCAGGACACGUGCCCCGAGGCGGAGGACAUCGUGAGGGCCGCCGUGAGCGACGCCGUCGCCGAGGACGCCGGCAUCGGCGCUGGCCUCAUCCGGCUACUCUUCCACGACUGCUUCGUUCAGGGCUGUGACGCGUCGGUGCUGCUGGACCCGACGAAGAAGAACCCUUUCCCGGAGAAGCUGGGCGCGCCCAACGUCCACAGCCUGCGUGGCUUCGAGGUGAUCGACGCGGCCAAGUUCGCGCUGGAGGACGCCUGCCCGGGAGUCGUCUCCUGCGCCGACGUGGUCGCCUUCGCAGCCCGCGACGCCUCGUACCUGCUCAGCGGCUACCGCGUCGACUUUGCCAUGCCGGCCGGCCGCUUCGACGGGCGGCGCUCAAAUGCCUCCGACACGGUCCCCUCCCUUCCUUCGCCGUCCGCCAACUUCACCCAGCUCGUCGACAACUUCGCCGUCCAGGGGCUAGACGCCGAAGACAUGGUGGUGCUCUCCGGCGCGCACUCCGUCGGCCACGCGCGCUGCUCCUCCUUCGCUGGGGACCGACUCCGCGACGGCGCUGACAUCGACCCGUCGUUCGCGAGGUCGCUCCGGAGGCGGUGCAACGACACCAGCGAGGUAGAGGACCCGACGGUGAGCCAAGACCCGGUGACCCCGGCGGAGCUGGACGGCCAGUUCUACCGCAACGUGCUGAAGGGUAGGGUGCUGCUGGCGUCGGACGCCGCGCUCAUGGAGACCAAGGAGGCGGCGCGGAUGGUGCGGGAGAGCGCGGGCGUCAGCGGCAGGUGGGAGAAGAAGUUCGGGCAGGCCAUGGUGAAGAUGGCCGGCAUCGAGGUGAAGAAGGCCGGCCGACGCGGCGAGAUCAGGACGAACUGCAGGCUCGUCAACUAGAUAUGGAACUAAUGAUCGCUGGACAAGUCCUUCUGCUUCUGCAUCUCUCGCUCCAUCAUCCGUCCAGUUCAUGUUCGACACUGUGCAGAAUUAAUUUCAAUUUCAUUUCUUUUCGUUCUUGUUGCGAGCUCGCUUUCUCGUUUGCUCAUUUGUUGAUUUGUCCAUGCAAAAAUGAAUUAAAUCUAUUUUCUGUUGUUGUUGA